GCCCAUUUGGGACUCCUCCUUCAUCAUCGACCCCCACCUCCUCCCCUACACACACACCUCCUCCUCUUCUUCCUCGCUUCCGCCGCUGCUCCGCUCGCUGCUCCCUGCACAGCCGCAGUCCACGGCAAUGCGCCGUUAACGGCAGAGCCGCUGCGCGCUCUUUUCUUCUUCUUCUUAUUCCAUCAUCCCCGCUUUCAGGCAGAGAGAACCAGCAUCCCCCACCCAGACCCCCUGUCCCUCCCCGGGCUGCGUGUCUGUCCGCCGGCGCUGCACCAUCCUUAUCAAUAACAUGGAGACGCAAGGCUGUCGUUCUUCCAUCUAGACGGAAAGUCUCACCUCACAGAGUCAAGACGGGGGGCACAAUGAGUGAAGAGCCACCGGUCACUCCCACCUGGCUGACCCCUGACCCCACAGCAUGGGCCAGCGGAGGUGGGGGACUGAUGGACAACAGCACUAGCCUGGGGACAUUCCCAGUGGACUCCCUCCCGCCCAGCCAGCUGCCCCUGCUGGUCAACCCCUGGGACAUUGUACUGUGCUCUUCGGGGACUCUGAUAGCCUGUGAGAACGCCCUGGUGGUGCUGGUGAUCUGGCAGAACCCAGCGCUCCGUGCCCCCAUGUUCCUGCUGAUUGGCAGCCUGGCGCUGGCCGACCUGCUGGCCGGCCUGGGCCUGGUGCUUCACUUCACCUGUGCCUACCUGCUGCGUUCUGACUCGGCCCAGCUGCUGACUGUGGGCCUGGUGGUGGCCUCCUUCUCCGCCUCCGUCUUCAGCUUGCUGGCCAUCACGAUUGACCGCUACCUGUCGCUGUACUAUGCCCUCACCUACAACUCAGAGCGGACAGCGGCCUUCACCUACACCAUGCUGGUGCUGCUGUGGGGCCUCUCCCUGUGUCUGGGCCUGCUGCCGGUCACAGGGGUCAACUGCCUGGCAGAGGAGGCUACAUGCAGUGUUGUGCGGCCACUCACAAAGAACAACAUUGCUGUGCUGUCCGUCUCCUUCCUGCUGCUCUUCGGCCUCAUGCUGCAACUCUACGUCCAGAUCUGCAAGAUUGUGAUGCGCCACGCUCACCAGAUCGCCCUCCAGCACCACUUCCUGGCUGCCACACCCCACUACGUCACAACACGGAAGGGCGUGUCCACGCUGGCCAUCAUCCUGGGUACCUUUGCUGCCUGCUGGAUGCCGUUCACCGUCUACUCUCUCAUCGCCGACUACACCUACCCUCCGCUCUACACCUACGCCACGCUGGUGCCUGCCACCUACAACUCCGUCAUCAACCCGGUCAUCUACGCCUUCAGGAACCAGGAGAUCCAGAAGGCUCUGUGGCUGGUGUGCUGCGGCUGUGUGCCUGCAAGCGUGGCCCAUCGUGCACGGACCCCUAGUGACGUCUGACCAAGCAGACCCAGGUGGGAAGAGAGAGGCGCCCUGGGUCAGCUCUCAAAGAGAGCAGCAGCAGUGGAGUUCAGGGGAGGUGGCAGAGCGCUGUGGCUUCAGUUCUGGUUGGAGAUGUUACUGGCAGCCCACCUGGAUGGAUGGCGUUUUUUUCUUAGUUACAGUUACCAUAGGACAAGAUAUCUCGCUGUCUUCCCCUCUAAAGAUGGCCACUGCGGGGGCUGCAUCCUGCCCACACCCGUUCAAUCCGUGCCACGCCCUUCCUCUGUUCUGCGGAGAGCGCUGAGUGCAUCACGUGUUACAGACAGCAGCUGUACAUAGAAUGUGCAUAGAGUUAACGGCACUGGAUUUUUGGUUGACACGUGCUUGUUUUUUCUUCAAAUAGGGUAGGAUUAUGAGUUCCGCGCUCGUGUGCGUGCGUGCGUGCGUAAAGGCGCACGGCAGAUUAACAAAGCAAUGUGUGCGGUGAACACGCAGGCAUUUCCACAUAAUAAAGCCCGUCUGGAGCAGCAUCCCGGCGCCCGGCGCUCUGCUGCUGCACUCUGAACGUGCGUCGAAAACUAAACAGCCACGGAGAGCUAAAAAUAGACCCGGCGCUCUCUGAUCCGCGCCCUGCGUCCUCCACAGACGCCGAGGAAGAAAUCAAGCCGCUUCUUCUUCUCCUCGCCGCUCCAGUAUUCUUUUGUCUUCAUUUUCUCUCGUGGUUGUGCGUGAAUGGUUUUUUUUGUGUGUGUGUUAAGCUCGCGUCUGAAGGGUUAAGAUAAAGCCCCGGGAGACCCCACCAUCAUCCCCUCCACCAUGUUUGAUUAUUAACUGAGGCACAAAACCGCCUAUCAGAUUAUGUAACCACCUUAUAGUCCUCUUUCACUUACUGAACGGAGAUUGCUUAUGACUUUUUGAAUUGAGAUCGCUAUAUAACCUUUAAUUGUAAUUUAUUCGAAAAAACCCACCUAUUUGAUAUUAUCCCCGAAGGAAUAUUUUAGAUUAUAAAUGAACAUGCCUAUGAUAAAAUCACUACAAACAUGUAGAUAAAAGGCCAAAUGACUAAAUGAAUAUGUUUGAUCAAUAUGUGGAAAUCCGCAAAAUCUGAUUUUAUUUCCAUUUAUCAGAUUUUUGGGGGGGGGCUCUAAAAGGGCCUCACGCCAACCACAUAAAAUCUGAUCUGCAUGCUAGACUCCAGUGUAAUUUGCAUGCAACCAGCACAGAUCUACAUUUUUCCUCCCGGAGUUCAGUGUGGGAAGUCACACAGAUCACCACAGGGGACGUGUCAUGGUACCCUGACGUCAUCAUUUUGUUUAUGUGUCUCGCGGGUAUUACAUUGAAUGAGCCACAAUCAUCACAGGAUGAUCACAAGAGUUGCACCCUCUCUGAAAAAUGUGGAAUCUUUUUUAGAUAGUUUGCUGUGUAGUGCAGCUACGUUUGAAGCUCAGAGGCGUUGUCACAGACUUGAAUUCAACUUAAAAGUGCAAAUCACUUCACCCAGCGGCUGCUCUGAGUUAGUUUAUCCAAUAAUCUUUGGUCUCAAAAAAUGAGUUUGCAAACCCAACAAACAUGCAGACUAAUUCCCCGUUCCUUCAUGUCAUGCCAGCAAUAACUAGCCUGUGAAUGGUAGUUAUUAUUAUUUUUAGAUGUGAAGCAAUACUCAGACAGCAAUAACAUCCCACCGCGACUUCUUCCUGCAGAGUGGAGCACCAUAAAGGCCGCUAGGGUGUGGAAGCGUCUUGUAGUGAUAAGGCUCAGUGAGUUACAAGUGAUGCUUCAGUGGUGCAUAGUGAAAUAGGUGGUAGGAGAUUCACUCCUGGCAUGGGGAUCAAAUGACUCAUAUGUCAGGGCGACAUCACUGCCUCAUUCCUCCAAAAUGUUUUUGUUUUGUUCUUUUGACCCAAAAAUCGGACUUUGAUCAUUUGAUUCCGCCAGGAUGAGAUUGUGAACUUGCCUCUACCUUUUGUGAGCAUAUGAACCGUCCUGAGUGUCCUAACCUCAAGUUUCAGUGUGUGGUUCAGGACUGUGUUUCCGGGCAUAGAUAUGAGCUGCAUGGCCUCUGGCUGUGCGUGCGUGCGUGCGUGAGUGUGUGUGUUUGUGAUCCAGCAGCUCAGCAGACCAUAAUUUGUCUCCUUGUAUUGGGGGGUGGGGGGAGCAGGGGGGUGAAACAGGUUUCCAGUUGACCCCCUGACCUUUGAGGAUAAUGCUGCCAGUCUUCCUGUCAAUUCUGAGAGAAGUGGCCUCGUUGCGUGUUUGUAGAGCUUUUUUUUUUUUUUUUUGAAGAGAUAUAGGACUAGGGAAGCUCCAGCACUUCAAGCCAAAGUGAAAGGGACUCUGAAUGAACUGGGGUCCUGGUCCUGCUGUGUGUUUCUGUCUCCUCUAUAUGACUAAUACUAUCUACUUUAAAUCAAUGUAGGCUGGUCGAGGCAGGUGUCCUGUUAAGUGACCUCUGAAUGAUUCUAUGAGCUAAAAAUGGGCACUUCCAAAUACAAAGAUAAUGCUUCACCUCUCCUUCCUUGCCACCUCCCCUCUCGGUGAGCCUGAGUGAGGCAUUUGGGGAGCUCCUCAUCUCUCUGGCCUCAGAUCAGGUGCACAGUGUUAAUUUAAAAAAAAAGGAGGAGGGGGUGACCAAGGAAAGGCGAAAAUUUUCUAGGCAUUGGAAUGUGGCCUGUGUAUGUGAACUUGUGCACAGUGUCAAACUGAAUCCUGUCGUUAUUCGAGGAGCACCAACAGGUCAGACUGGCACAUCAGAAAAAACAUCAAAAACUCUUAUUCCUUUACCUUUGGAGAAAAGUCUAUUUUGUUAUAUUCAUUGAGAAGUUCUAUUUUUUUCCACUUUAGUCUGGCCUGAAAUCUUUCAGAUUUUGAUGUGUGAUAUAACGGCGCUGUAAAGGCCUUUUCUGAAUGUAGUAAUAAUGAAAUUGUUUAACCGAUACCCCCUCCUCUUGACUCAUUUGUUUCUGUAAAUAUGGCAUGCUGAAGAGGAGGGACUUUAUUUCACCAUGCAUGGUGCUACCAAAGCCAGUCAAACCAGAGGGUGAGUUGGGUCGCACCAUUUUCUGAACGACAUUUCUCCACCUCGGCUGUUGAUGUAGAAUUUCCUCUGUUGGCUUUCUCUUUCCUCAGUUCGAUAUGCACCAGUUUGUAGAAAGGCUGGUUAAAGGACGAUUGAGAGGAUUUGGCUACACAGAUGAGAGAUGUUUGGGGGGGGGGAUUGGUACACAACUUUCUCUGAUAGGUGAAUGUUUUCCUCUUGUACAGCCAACAGUAUUGUUGAGGAUUCCAACGAUUGAACAGGUGUGAACAAGGGCUUUGUAUCCAAGAAUAGUAAAAGACUGUGAUGUUGGAUGUAAUACUUCUCUGUAUACACACACCUGUUAAUCUAUUGAAUGGUUUCACAGUGUAAUAGUGAGCAAGUUGUGUACUUGGGGUUAUUGAGAAAAUGCGUAGCCAAUGGCGGGUUGUUAGUUCAGCGGGAGAAUGGUUACUAAUCUAGAGCUAAACAUCAAAACACUCAAGGGCCCGAGAGUGAGUGUGUGUGUGUUUUGGGGGCGGGGGUGGUUGGAGAUGGGAGGACGCCACAUUUAACAGCAUCUUGUGUAGACGUAUGCGUAGUUUUCAAUGUGAAAUGCACUUUAUUUUAUUGGGGAUGAAAAUGGCACAACAAUUUAAGUAUCUGCAAAAUGAAACAUAUAAACGAUAAUCAACAUGCACUAACUUAACUGAGAUAUUGUAAAGACAUUUGUGUGAACGUGGUGUCUAUUUUUCCAAGGUGUUAGUUGUACUUUUUAUUGCUUUGGUUAGUUCACUCACUUGAGAGAUCUUGUUAAUUUUGUAUUAAAAACAAACAUGUGCUGUGCAUAAAA